UCACAUUCUCAAAGAAAACCGAACAGUUUACCCGUCCAGCUAACAAAAUAUCACAUUUUCGGUUUGUAAGCGUGACGAGCGUACGAGUGCGCUAAUGUGGACUUAAUUGCAGGCGAAAAAGGUUGAAGACAGUUAAAGAAUCUGGCGCAAUUUUAGUAAGUAGCGAUGCAGUCGACAGAAACUUCGACGGGGGAGGUGCAGAAAGGACUGGAGUCUCUAGCUGUCGACGCUCCAGAAGAGAAGAAAAUAAGCGAGGGAGCGAGAGGAGAGGAGGAGGAGGAGGAGGAGGCAGAGAGAGCAGGGGGAGAAACAACAGAGAAAGAUGAAGAUGAUGAUGACGAUGACGAUGAGAUGGACAGAGAGAGAGACAGAAACGAAGAUGGAGGGAUGGCAGGAGAGGGAGAGGGAGGAGACGGGGAGGUGCUGAAGGAGGACGACUCGGAAGACUGGUGUUUGCCCUGCAGUGAUGAUGAAAUUUCAGAACCUGCUCACUGGACCCCCCCUGUCACCGAGAUCAGGCGUCUCUACGGGCUGCUAGCCACAGGAGAGGUCCUCGAGCUCAAUGUGGAGCUCCUCCCCCGACGACCCCCGACACCGGAGCCUGACCCCGACCGUAUGAGUGGGGCGAGCGAGGAUUCCGAGGAAGAGAGAGAGAGGAGGGAGCGAGAGGACAGGGAGAGAGAGAGGGCUCCCUCUCCUACAGAGUUUGAUUUUGAUGACGAGGCGCCCCCUGUCACCCCAAAAACCUCUUUUAUCGACCGUCGGAGAACCCCUGGUUCUGUGGGUCGCCCCCAGCGCAGGGAGGCCCGCUUGGACAAGGUUCUGUCGGACAUGAAGAGGCACAAGAAGAUCGAGGAGCACAUCCUGAGAACGGGCCGAGACGUCUUCAAGCAGCAGCACCCUGAACCAGAACCACAGCCCGGUCACAAGAACCAGAACCAGGGCCCGGGCAGCGGCACCCCCAAACGAGGGCCCAGCGCCAUCUUCUCACCCCAGCAACGCAAAUACUGAGACUGGACCGGAACCAGAACCCACCUGGGUGCAGAAAGAAGGGCUAGCUGAGGGAAUUAAAAUACUGAGUUUCAAAUCAACACACACGCCUAACAUUAGGAGCAGGGGCAAGGGGUAGAGCUAUAUGUUAAGGUUAGGGUUAGGUUAGGGGUAGGGCUAAGUGUUAAGGUUAGUGUUAGGGGUGAGGUGCUAGGCAGGUGUUAAGGUUAGGGGUGAGGUUAUUUUUGGUUAGGAUCGUAGAAGAAUGGCAUUCGGGGCGAUUCAUUUCAUUUUCUAAGACUCAGUUCUGCUGAAGAAAGCGUUUUCCCUUCAGAGUGCCAGUGGUGAUGUCACUCCCCCGUCACGGCGCUCUCUGGAUCGCUGCUCCCUAUGAAAACAGAGCCCUCAGGAUACGCUGUAAUCUCUGAGCUGCCAUGGUCUACAGAACGUUUCAGAAUGUAGUUCAGUUUCACACCGGCCAGCGUUUCUGCACCAGGGGAAGAGCGCGGCUCGGCUUUCUGCAUCUCAGAACCAACCCAAACACCUCCUCCUCCUCCUCCUCACCACAGCAAUUUCAAAACCGGCUCCUACCGAACCAGAACCGGCCCAGUCCAGAGUGUGUUCCACUCAACAAACGAACAGUGAGAAGGGCUAGUACUGCCACGAUCUCCAGCACACAAGAUGAGCUGCAACGGUAAUAAAACUCCAUGGGUUGUUUUUUUUUUCUUUUGUUUUUUAUAGUGUAAAUAAUU